AUUUGUCUUAGUAUAAAUCAAAAUCGCAGACGUUCAUAUUGUAUUAAUCACGAGUGUAUAAUUUUCACUUAAUGUAAUGAGUCUUAAAAAGCAUCGAAAGGUGAACAAAACAUCCCAACAUAAUGAAAGUGCAAAAAAGUUGUUUAAAGACCCAUUGAUAGAGGGAGUUCGUUGGAUAGAACGGUAUGCCUCUACGAUCGAUAAAUUCUGGAGUACUUUGCCAGAAUAUAUUCGCAAUUCUUUGGCAACGUUGGCGAUAUUUCUGAUGGCGAGCAGCAUAAAAGGUGAUUGGAUUGCGAUUGUAGUACAUUUGGUCAAACACUUCAACGGGGCAGACCAAGCGCCAAAUAAUACCAUUGUCCGGGAGAAUGGAACAGAUGGCACCAAAGCAGACGAUGUACUUGAGUAUCUGAACCUGAAAGGCUUGCCUCAUUAUCUCAGUUUGGCAAUCACCGGUUCGUUCAUAAUCUAUUUCGGAGUCGGUGGGUUCAUUCACUGGUACUACUAUGUCAAUAAACGUGACCGACCUCAUGAAUGGAAAUGCCAACCAGAGAAAUUUUUAUCGCCUGAGCUUGAACUGCAUGAAAUUUUUGUAGGAGGGUUUUCGAUGCUGAUAAUGAGCUGUCUUAGCGGAAUUCUAUCAUGCUACGCUAUGAACAAUGGAAGGCUGUUUACCUUAUAUUAUGGAUGGGAUGAGUAUGGCUGGUGGUGGUUCUUCGCUCAGAUAGUUGUGAUAUUUUUGUAUCAGGAUUACCUGACAUACUGGUUACAUCGCAUUUAUCAUUGGCCAUUUCUUUACAAGCAUUUUCAUAAACUACAUCAUACCUACAAACAACCAACUGCUUUCUCAGUGACUGCGAUCCAUCCUGUUGAGAUCUUACACGUGCAGUUAACGAUGUUGCUGCCUAUCUUCACCAUUCCAACACAUUGGGCGGCAUUCUACUUCGUUGAAAUUUAUACAUACGCACAUGGUAUUCUGAACCACAGUGGAGUGAACAUCAAAUCCUUUUGGUGGCAGCCUUGGCAACCGGAUACAAUGUUUCACGACAAUCACCACCAGUAUUUUCACGUUAACUUUGGCUUCAACAUUGGCCUGUGGGAUGUCAUACACGGCACCUAUCGCAGAAAGGAUCGUGUCUAUUCCGAGGAAAUUUAUGGAGGAAAAGGAAAGGAUUUCAAGGAAGCUAGCCAGUUGGAGCUUGAGAAGGACAUCGCCGAACGGAAACUGGAAAAUCCCAAUGCAUACCGGAAUAAUGUACACCAGUACGAUUUGGACGAAAGGGAAAUUACAGAUCUGAUAAAGCAAAAUAAAAAACUAAAAUCUAAUUGAAUAAAUAG